AUGGACUCUGCCGAUAUGAAGGCGUCCAUCCAUCGCUUCCGCCUCCGACAGACAUCACCACCGGAGACCACCGGUCGGCGCCGCCCUGCUUCGCCCGUCGCGGCGCGGGACGCUGCCUCCGCCUCUGCUUUCGCUGGUGUCGGUGUUGGUGUUGGUGUUGGGGUCUCCAGUCCUCCCUCGCGCAAGGGAUCUUUUGCUGGGGCUGCAGGUGGUGGGCGCCAAUCGAUACCUGCAUGUGAUCGCUGCCGCUCCUUCAAGAAGAAAUGCAGCAGGACAUUCCCCGUGUGUGAACUGUGCAACACAGCAGGACAGAAAUGUUCCUACUCCAAUCCGACGAACACUGCCGAAGGCAGGGCGCUCCAGCUGGAUGCCAGGGUCCAAUGGCUGAGCCAGUACAUCAACGACAAUAUCCUUUCUCAUGGGUGCAUCGAGGCCGUCGAGACGGGAACAGAUCUCGUGCCCAUCCUUGGUGCCUCUCCGGCGAGGAGGGAUAGUGCCGCCCAUUCUGGUAGUGUGAAGGCACGGGUCGACGAGACAUCACCACUGGACCAUGGGAGUGUCGGCGCGACCGCCAGCCAUGCCUCCUACCAGCCGUCCAUGGCCACGGACGGCUCGAAAGGAUACAGCGAUCAGGCGAUGCCUGCGGACGCAGCGGCGCGACGGUUCGUGGACGCGUACUUUCGCAACGUCAACAGGGCGUAUCCCUGUGUCCACCAGUCCAAGAUCCUCGCCGACCUGGACAUCCCGCAGGAGUUUAUGAAACGAAGACGAGAUGCGGACUCGACCUUGCUGUAUCUCGUCAUGGCCAUUGGUGCCACCACGCUCGAGCGCGCCGGCCAGGUGCCCAGGGGUACCUCGAGACGGUUCGACGUGGCCUACUCUGACAUUAUACAGGAAUGUCUCCAUAGGGACACCAUGGAGUCGAUACAGAUCCUCGUCCUACUGGCGCUCUACUCACUCUUCGACCCCCUGGGUUCCUCGUCGUACUCCAUCGUGGGCAUCGCCGCGAGACAGGCCAUCCUCUCGGGCCUCACGCGUCGCCCGACGGAAGAGGUAGGGCUGACGCCAGCCGAGACUGAGCUGCGUCACCGACUGUACUGGAGCAUAUUUGUGCUGGAUCGGAUGAUGUCCAUCUCCCAUGGGCUCCCCGUCGCCCUGACCGACGACAAUGCCGACGUCCCGCUCCCAGGCCUCACCAUCGAGGAGUUCGCCAGCCCAGACCGAGCCAACUAUGCCCGCAACCUCCAGACGAGCCGCCACGUCAUACAGUUGCGGCAGCUGGAAGAUCGCAUCCUCCGGCAGAUUCACCUUGGCAAGCGCGCAGAGACGGCGCAGCUCGCCCCCGCAGACCGCAGAGCCAUCAUCGCGCAGCUCCGCGCCGAGGUCGAGGAUUGGUAUUCGAGCGGAUGCCUGACGUCGCCCAUGGACUCGGACAAUGUGUCCAUCCACAGCAGCAUCACCUGGCUCUCCGCCCGCUACUACCAUGUCCUGGUCAUGCUGUACUAUCCGAACCACUUCAACGCGGCGUCGGGGGCCGUGACGCGAGGCGAACUGCUGGGCUUUGCCCGGCGACAGCUCCAAAGCACAUCGGCCCUCUUCCAGCAGCGACAGCUCCCGCUCAACAAGGUGUCCCUCACGCGUCUCUUCCCCGUCACGCUCAUCUUGAUGCACGACUACGCAGCCAGCUGCCAGGAGGUGGCGGCCGCCGCAUCAGACUCGUCAGCAGGCAACUUUGGCAGCACGCCCCUGCCCUACGCGGCGCGGGACGAAGUCGCCGUCCUCAUCUCGAUCCUCGAGGCCUUCCCCGAAUCAUGGCUCCUCGCGCACCAGGCCGCGCAGGUCGUUCGCCAGUUCGCGAGCGUCAUCGCGGGGGGCAUCAGGAGCGGCGGCGGCGGCUCCUACUUUGGGGCCCAGCCCAUCAACUACUCGCUCACCACGCCCGAUCCCACGCCACCCGGUGGUGCCAAGGACCGCGUCGCGGAGGUGGUGAGGCCCUGUAUCUCGGAGCUCACGAGUCUGAUGAAGCAGAUGCUGGGGCAGACAACGUGCUUCCAGUACAUGGAGUAUCCCGGGGCCGACACCACAGGCCAGUCCAAGGGCGGGCUGGGGCAGCAGGGACAGCAGCAGCAGUAUCAGGAGCCCCUGAUGAGCCCGGUGCCGCCGCAGAGGAGUAUGAUGAGCGUGCCCCAGCUGGGCGGUGCGAUGAGCGAGGAUGCUGUGGUGAAUUUUGGGUGGGGGCUAGAUUUGGACUUUUUGUAA